AUGACUCGGUACUUCACCCAUCUCCUCCCCGCCGCGGCCCUCCUCACAACCUCCCUCCACGCUGUCACAGCCACAACCCCCUCCCCCGGCUGCGGCAACACCCCCCAACUCAUCACCCCCUCCGCCUCCACCACCCCCCUCACCAUAACUUCCAACGGCAAACCCCGCGAAUUCUACGUCCUCCUCCCCGACAACUACGACAACACCCACCCCUACCGCCUCAUCCUCACCCUGCACGCCCUCGGCGGCAACGCCCAGCAAGUCACCGUCGGCGAGGGCGGGUACCUCCCCUGGUACGGCAUCCCGGCCCUCCAAGCCACCAACGACACCAGCGGGACCGGAGCGGUGUACGUCGCGCCGAAUGGGAUUGAUAACGGCUGGGCGAACCAGGGCGGGGAAGAUGUGGCGUUUUUGAAGGCUGUUAUUGACACGGUGGAGGGGGAUCUUUGUUUGGAUCAGAACUUGCGGUUUUCUACGGGGUUUAGCUACGGGGCGGCGAUGUCGUAUUCGCUUGCCUGCUCGCUGGGGAAGGAGAUUCGCGCUGUGGCCGUGCUGUCGGGGAACCCGCAGAUUAGCGGGUGUGAGGGGGGGACGGAGCCCGUGGCGUAUUAUGGCCAGCAUGGGGUUAGUGAUCAGGUACUGCCGAUUGCGCAGGCGAGGGAGAUGCGGGAUCGGUUUGUGGGGAAUAACGGGUGUACUGCGCAGACGCCGUCGGAGCCGGCCGCGGGCAGUGGGACGCAUACGAAGACGGUGUAUGAAGGGUGUGAUCCGGCGUAUCCUGUGGUUUGGAAUGCUUUUGACGGGGAUCAUACGCCGCAGCCGAAGGACCAGGGGGCGACGGAUACGUUUGCGGCGGUGGAAACUUGGGAGUUUUUCUCGCAGUUUGAGUAG